AUGACCGACGACGUCGUGCUGAUAGUACAGUCACAAGCGUUCGUACUACGACACAAUGUCGACCACCUGUCUACGCUCAAUUUCUAUCGAAAGUCACCGACGGGACAUCAUGCCACAAGCAGAGUAUCCGAGCAUCCGGACAGUCUUGCGCUUGCAAGUGUUGGUCAACCACAUGAUUUAUUCGGUAUCCAGAGCAUCCCUCUGAGUAAUGAUAGUCAUGCCCCGGGGUAUUUGAGAUGGACAUUCAAAGACUUGAGGGGUGGCAUUGCUCGCCUCGUCGCAGGCUUCAGAGCCUCUGAUGUUGUGCCUGGGACACUCAUUUUCACAUUCAUACAAAAUUGUGCGGAAUUUGUUCUCAUUAAAUGGGCCGCUUACGAGAUGGGAUGUGUGCUUGUCCCUCUCAAUCCACGCAACUUGGACAACGACGUUGAACUGAGAUCGAUGAUCCAGACUGCGUUUCUGGCAAGUACCUCCAGUCUAUCAGUCGUCAUAGCUGGAGAUGGCAAGACAAGCAAACGAGUCGAUGCCUUGGGGGAUUUAAGCCAGGCCAUGAAAGUCGUUGUGAAUGAUAUGGCAGCAAGAGAUGGAUGGAUUCCAUUCACGAGCCUGAUGAACGCGUCGCGUCAUCACACCAACGGCCACAGACGAGAUAAAGAGAUGCACUGGCAGAGGAGUGGCACAGUUCUGUUCACAAGUGGAACAACAAGCCUUCCCAAGGGUGUCUUCCACCGUUACUCUGACUACUCCCACCACCUCGAGGGCAUUAAGAUGCGUCCAGAUCAGGGCGGUCUUCCCCCAAACUCCAAAUGCUGCUGUGUGCUUCCGAACAAUCAUCUCCUGGCAUUUUACAGCCACUGGAACGCCUAUUGCUGGGGAGCAGCGUGGAUAUUUCCUGGGCCAGCCUUUCAACCAGAUGGAAUGCUGGAGACCCUGCGUCGGGAACGUAUCACGCAUAUCGAUCUCGUUCCUACGAUGCUGCACGCACUGCUUGCCGCAGAAUGUUUGCAAGAUGGACCCCUGGAAGAUCUGGACUCUGUGGUGUACGCUGGGGCGGUGGUGUCUCCUGACACGAUCAGGCUCACCACAGAUAUUUUAGGAGCGAACAGCGCCGAGGCGCUAUUUGGAAUGACGGAGGGACCAGUAGUUAGGGGCGUCCCUUCAGACAACGCCAACGCGUCGCGCGUCUCUGACGAGGGAGUGGUGCCAGUUGGCUGGGCAGGACCGGGCCACGCAUUCCGAGUUGCUGACCCAGAAACAAACAAAUCCGUGCCUAUGGGGGACUUGGGAGAGCUCCAGGCCUCAGGUCCAGCCAUCGCACGUUACCUCGGCGGCGCUGGCCAGAGCAGCUUCUAUAUCGACUCUAAAGGCCGCAGAUGGUUGAAGACAGGGGACCAAGCCAGGAUCAAUAGAAAAGGCUGCAUCUUCAUUACCGGCCGUUACAAAGACAUGAUUAUUCGCGGUGGCGAGAACAUCUCACCAACGGCUAUUGAAACAGCCAUCCGUCGCAACCCAAAGCUCGCACGGCUGGAUCCGCAAGUCGUUGGCGUGCCAGAAUCCGUAGCCGGAGAGGUCCCCGUGGUCGUGAUAAGCUGCAGGGGGCUGACCGCAGAUAUCUGCGAACUCAUCAGGACUACCGUGGCCACCAAUAUGGGGACUAUGUAUGUCCCAGCUGAGGUGAUCUCACUCAGUCAGCUUGCCAUGCCUGACUAUCCACGUACCAUGUCCGGGAAAAUUCAAAAGGUCAAGCUAGCAGAAAUUGUGAGGAAGUAUCUCGAGGACGUCGAGUCUGCGGAGAAAAACGCCAACAGCAACAAAAGUGACGAAAGCCUUGCUGAAGCUGUCAAGGAGAUCUGGGCGAGGGCGACUGGACAGGAUAUUUCCAGCAUUUCGUUGAAUGCCCCGGUUUCCACAUUUGCUGAUAGCAUUCUCAUCAUCAGAGUGCGCGGGAAAAUCAGGCUCAAGACAGGGAAGAUGUUGUCAAUGGCAGAGAUGAACAGCGCCGGUACCAUCGCCGGGCAGAUCGAACUGCUGAAGACAAAAAGCUCUGCCAAAGGACCAAGCCCUACUGUCAUUGCUGGUAAUAAAAGAAAGCGAGCUGAACCACCAAGCAUGGAGGACUUGGUACACGUCGCCAAAGACCGGAGCCUUUUCGCAGCUACAAGAGAGACGGUAUCUAGGACCCUUGCUCCCCACGGACUGGAUUGGGACGACGUAGAAGCAGUGUUCCCAUGCCAUGAUCACUUGAAUGUGUUUCAAAGGGUGCUUGAUCCCUUGGGCAUCAACACUGGACUCUUGGCCCACCAAGCCAGCAAGCUUCAACUGCGAGAAGCCCUUGAGAAGACACUGACAAACAACCGUUUGCUUGGAUCAUUCAUAGUUCGCACACCUGGUGAAUCACAAAAUGAAAACCUGCACGUCGUCAUCCGGCCCGGGAGGAAGCUUUUCGACCUGAUCUUCGAAGACGGCGGGAGCGUGAAGACGAAAAAUGACCUAAGAGAGCAAAUUCCCAUCUAUCCAAAUAAAACUAAAUGUCAACGCCCCGGUCUCUUAGCAAAAGUCAAACUCUUUUCCAUCGAGGAAACUGGCACCGGCGGCGCCAUCCUUGCCACGCACCACAACAUCGUCGACGCCUUCAUGGUACAACUGGUCUGUGACGACCUCGAGAAAUGCCUCGCAUUGAUGGGCCAGCCCCUGCGCCAACAUGUUGACUUCAAGCUCUGGUCCGACAGCUAUCAUAGCCUGCGCACCUCGCCCGAAGCCAUGGCCUCAGUGCAAUGGCACGUCUCACGUCUGCGCCGCCUUGCCUCUCUCAAAAAUGCAAUCUGGCCCGGUAUGCCGCCACAGGAAGUGACCUCUGGCGGCGCCAUGGUGCGCCGGAUGUUCGACGCGCCCGAUAUUCGCCGCCUGCGCGAGGAGCAUGGGCUCAUGCCGGCGACGAUCCUGAAGACGGCGCAGGCGCUGCUGAAUGUCCACCGCACAGGGGCGACACACGCGGUGUUCUCCAACUUUGAGGCUUGCCGUAGCAGGUUUCCGUUCCUGCCAAAAAGCAUAGAGGCCCUCGGCCACUUCGAUGCUGCAGAUGUGUCUGGCCCUACGUUCACGAGUGUCAUCAACAUGCUUGAGGUGUGCUAUGGUGAGAGCGCGCUCGGACUGUUGGGGCGCGUGCAGGAGGACCAGGAGGAAUUGACGCGGCAUGCUGCGGCUCCGGCGCAAUUGAUCAUGGAUUCACUGGGACCAAAGGGGCAUCUGAUAGAGAAGGCUGUACGAAGCCAGUGGUUCAACUGGUCCCCUGGUGUCGGGGCCUCCAUAGGAGACCCGUACGAAAACAUUGAGGUUCUUAAUCACAACCCGACUGAGAGCUCAGCUAGAGGCAUGGGGCUUGGGGUGAGGGCCGGCUUAGGUGGCCCGGAUGGUGUUACUUAUGUGGUCAUUGUCAGGACAGCGAUCCUAGACGAGGAUGGUGCAGGACACAUUGCGCAAGAUCUAGAAAGGCUUACUUUGUGGUUGGUGAAUCCGGACAACUGGGAUAAACCAGUGGAGGAGAUUCUUCAAUUGAUGACAGGGGGUUUCCCUUCGACCGGAUUUGCCAUCUUCGCCUUAGUGACAUUCGGUGUCCUUCUGUAUUCGAAGGUACUCCUAAGCCCCCUGGCCAAGAUCCCAGGCCCAUGGUACUCCAAAUACACCGACGUGGUCCUGAGGCGCCUCUGGCUUGGCGGAAGUAAGACGCAUGAGAAUCUAGGUCCUGUCGUCCGCAUCAGCCCCCACGAAGUCGACGUGUUGGACGUCUCAGCUGCUAAGGAAAUUCAUUCGGUCAAGGCAACGUAUGUCAAGGCACCAUGGUACAGGACAUUCGCUACCCCUGGCACAGAGAAUGUGUUCAGCACUACAGACAUAGAAUUUCACCGUCGCCACCGCCGACUGCUUCAGGGGCCGCUGUCUGAGACAAACCUGAAAGUCUUUCACCCAGUUGUGGAGCAGCGAGUCGAGUUGGCCAUCCAGAGGAUGAAAGAGGAAACGAACAGUCGGGGGGCGACGGACAUUUUAAAGUGGUCUUUGUUUAUGGCUACAGACACUGUUGGCGAGCUCUCUUUCGGGGAAUCCUUCCGAACCCUGGAGUCGGGAGAGAAAAACGAAUAUACCAAGAACUUGGAGACUCACAUCAGAACCGGCGCUAAAAGAACAACUUUCCCAUUAAUAGCCAAGAUCGGGCUAUAUAUACCAAUUCCAGGAUUCCGGGACACCACGGACGUCGUCCGAAAGAAUAUCCAAUUUGCUGAAGAUUCUUUGAAGAGAUAUCAGAGACUCGUGGAGAAGGACCCAGAAAACCCACCACCAACGCUCUUCACCAAGCUUUUCAAGGGUGAGGAGGACGAGGUUCUGACCAUGAAGGAGAUACGCGACGAGGCAAUGAUAUAUAUCCUGGCCGGGAGCGACACUACCGCGCUGACCCUAACCUACCUCAUCUGGGCCGUGUGCCGAGACCCCGCGGUCAAGACAAGGCUGGCCAAGGAGCUGGCGACCUUGCCCAAGGGUUUCGACGACAAGGACCUCCGCCACCUCCCGUACCUCAACAACGUUAUCGACGAGGCCCUGCGGCUCUAUGCCUCUGCCCCGGCCGGCCUCCCCCGCGUCGUGCCCCCCGGUGGUGCUACCCUGGGCGGAUAUCAGCUCCCCGCCGGUACGGUCGUGUCAACGCAGGCGUAUAGCAUGCAUAGGAUGGCGGAUAUCUACCCCGCCCCGGAGACAUUCAACCCGUCGCGAUGGGAGGCCACCACCAAAGAAAUGAGGGAUGCUUUCAUGCCGUGGGGAGGCGGCUCUCGCAUAUGCCUCGGGGUUCACCUGGCCAGGCUGGAGCUGAGGCUUGCCGUCGCGCGGUUCUUUAUUGAGUUUCCGCGGGCGGAAGUAUCUACCCUGGAUGGUAUGUGCGAUGAAGACAUGGAGCCAAAGAUCUUUUUUAUGAUGGCGCCGAAGAACAAGCGUUGUCUGAUAGAGUGCCGCUAA